AUGGACAUCAAAAGGAGGGAAUUCUUGGACUUCAGUCAGGGGAAGCUGGAUGUGGAGACAUAUGGACGUGAGUUCACUCAGCUGUCUCGCUAUGCACCCCGUGAUGUGGUUGAUGAUGCUGAUAAGCAAGAUCUGUUCCGCAAAGGACUUAACCCUGAGCUUCGCUAUGAGAUGAUGCCUUUCACCUUCCAGUCAUUCCAAGACCUGCAUAACCGUGCUCUUCUGAUGGAGAACGGAAGGAAGGAUAUGGAAAAAUCCAAGAAGCGUGAAGAAGGUGAUUCUCGUGCGUCUUCCUCUCACAACAAGAAGCGCCGAGUCUGGAUCCCUUACAGUGCUGUACCUCGUGCUCCCUAUGCACCAAGGUCUUCUGGCAGUAACUCUAAGCCACCCUCUGGUGGUUCAAGCUAUCGUCCUGCCAUGGGUACUGUGCCUAGUGGUGCUUGCUACUCUUGUGGUCAGCCUGGCCACUACUCAAAGGAGUGCCCCCAUAAGCCAGCUGGUCGUGGAUAUUCUCAGCCCAAGAAGGAUGACAAAUAUUCCUCUGGUCGUGCCCGUCUGACCCAUGUCUCUGCUGAUGAGGCUGAAGAGGAUCCAAGCGUCCUAAUGGGGACCGAACGCGAGCCUGAGAUCAACGCCCCCGAAGAGCAGCACCAGAACAACGAGGGACAAGGCAAGCCCUAACCUGGUUCAUAUAUGGUUUCGAAAUGCUUUACUUCUGGUUCUUACAUAUUGCAUCCGCUUCAAAUAUGUUUUAUCGGCAGUUCUAGAUAUCCUAUGU